AUGACCGAGGUAUUCACCCGUCCUCCCGCAGGUAACUUGGUGGUGCUGGUGGUGAUGUGGGUGCACCCGCGCAUGCGCUCCACCACCAACUUCUUCCUCACCAACCUGGCCAUCGCCGACUUCUGCGUCACCGUCUUCUGCGUCUACCAGAACCUGUCGCUCUACUUGGCCAGGACGUGGGUGUUCGGGGAUUUCCUGUGCAAGAUGUACAACUUCGUGCACUAUCUGAGCUACACUGCCUCCGUCAUGAUACUCGUCGUGAACUGCGUCGAGAGAUACGUCGCCAUCAUGUGCCCUUUUCGCUCCAAGACGCUUCUCAGGCACAGGAACCUCGUGGUGGCGCUGGUGGUGGUGUGGGUGGGCAGCGGCGUGUACUGCUGCCCGCGGCUGCUGUACUUCCGCGCCGCCUCCCACGACCUCCCGGGGGCGCAGUACACGGAGGUCAUCUGCCUGGCGGACCGCGAGCUCUACGACUCGCGCACCUUCGACACCAUCAACUUCGUCCUGCUGUACGUGAUGCCGCUCAGCGUCAUGUCCCUCCUGUACUGGCGCAUCGGCCGCUACCUGUGGAUCAACGGGCGCCUGGUGGAGGCGGCGAGGGUGCAGCGAGGCGUCGCCGCCGCCGCCACGUACGAGAACAACGGGCUGCCGCUGCCCGGGCCCUGCGUGGCCCCCCCUCCCUCGCCUGCCCUCACCCCCCUCCCGCCCGCGGCCUCCUCGCGGGGGUCGCCGUGCUGCCGGGCGGGCCUGCAGAACGAGGUCGCGAAGCAGCAGGAGGAGCGGGACAACCACGUGCUGUCCGUGCACCACAGCGGCGCCGGGUCGAGCUCCUCCCACGGCAGGUACUCGGCGGGCCGGUGGCGGCAGUGGAGGCCCACCAGCGGCAACAGCGACAUGCCCAUCGGGCCCUACCACUCGGAGCGCCUCAUUCGCACGUGGAGGAAGGUGGUGAAGCUGCUGGUGGCCGUCGUGAUGUGCUUCGCGCUCUGCAACCUGCCCUUCCACCUGCGCAAGAUGCUCACGUACUACCACCCGCGCUACAACCCCACCACGGACGCCGCCCUCAUCUUCACGCCCCUCUCCAACGUCCUCAUGUACCUCAACUCGGCGCUCAACCCCAUCGUCUACUCCUUCAUGUCGCACAACUUCGCGCCUGCGUGAGGGACGUCCUGAACCGGUACGCCCGCAAGGGGAA